AGAACAUCAUUAGCCAAUCCUUCCUUGAAAGAAGUGCGGAACGGGAGAAUAUCAAUUCCAAACUGACAAAGCUCUGGAAUUUCCCAAAGUAUGGGUGUCCCAUGCGUCACGCAAAAGACUUUAGGGAGCCCAGAGUCUAUUUUCCUUGACACCAAUAGCAUGUCUUCCGAUGGAACCACUGCAAUCAGCCAAUUCAAGUUCUCGGAAGAUGGGGCGUUCAUGGCCUAUGGACUGAGCGAAAGUGGUUCCGAUUGGAAUAAAAUCAGAAUACGAAAUACCAAGGAGGGUAUCGACUUACCUGAAAUUCUGGAAAAAGUAAAGUUCUCGAAUGUCUCCUGGACGAAAGACAGCAAGGGAUUCUUCUAUGGUCGAUAUACCGAUCAAGACGGGAUAAUUGAUGGAUCGGAGACAAAGCUGGCUGAAAAUCAGAAACUGUAUUACCAUCUACUAGGAGAGAGCCCACAUCAAGAUACAUUGAUCGCAGAGUUCCCCGAACACCCGUCCUGGCGAUUCAAAACCGAUAUUUCAGACUGCGGAAAAUAUCUGAUCUUAUCCAUAAGUCACACGGUUCGGGACAACAUGCUGUACUAUGCCGAAUUAGGAUCGGAAGAGAAAAACGCAUUCCAACUAGAACUUAAGCCAAUUGUGGAUAAAUUUGAGGCUGACUUCGAUUACAUUACCAACGAGGGAUCUAAUUUGUACUUCCACACAAACAAGGAUGCCCCUAAUUACCGGGUGAUUGUGAUUGAUGUUAAUAAUCCAGCAGAGGGAAACUGGACCACCCCAAUACCCGAGCAUAAGAAAGAUGUUUUGGAGUGGGCCAAGUGCGUUGAUGGGAAUAAAUUAGUCGUUUGCUAUAACUGCGAUGUAAAGCAUAUUCUUCAGGCUCGCGAUCUUAAUACAGGAAAGCUCAUCCGCCAAUUUGGCCUGGAUAUUGGCUCAAUAAAUGGGAUUUCAGGAAAGAAGAGUAAUUCGGAAAUCUUUUAUGGUUUCUCAUCGUUUUUAUCACCAGGUAUAAUAUUUUACUAUGACUUUGCCAAGCCAUCCGAAAAGCCGACCGUUCUGCGCGAAAUAAGUCUAAAUUUGGAGGGCUUUCGCCGGGAUAACUACAGCGUGGAGCAAGUGUUUUAUAAAAGCACUGAUGACACCGACAUACCUAUGUUUAUCGUACAGCGAAAGAGGGAUAUUGCGGAACCCCGCCCUUGUUUGCUAUAUGGAUAUGGCGGAUUUAACUACAGCCUAAUGCCAUCCUUCGGCAUACUGAGUCUGAUGUUCAUGGAUACGUUUGAUGGAGUUUUGGCUUUUCCGAAUUUGAGAGGAGGCGGAGAAUAUGGCAUGGAGUGGCACAAUGGGGGUAGAAUGUUGAGCAAACAAAAUGUUUUUAAUGAUUUUCAAGCCGCCGCUGAGUUUUUGACCAAAAAUAACUAUACAACCAAGGAUCGAUUGGCCAUACAGGGCGCCUCGAAUGGUGGACUUUUGGUGGGUGCUUGCAUCAAUCAGCGUCCAGAUCUUUUCGGAGCAGCCGUGGCCCAAGUUGGUGUAAUGGAUAUGUUGCGCUUCCACAAGUUUACUAUCGGUCAUGCCUGGUGCUCCGAUUAUGGCAAUCCCGAUGAAAGGGUACACUUCGCGAACCUUAUUAAAUUCUCGCCUCUUCACAACGUUCAUAUUCCUCUGAAUCCGGAUCAGGAGUACCCAUCGACAUUAAUCCUGACAGCCGAUCACGACGACCGUGUAAGUCCUUUGCACUCCUAUAAAUUUGUUGCUGCUCUUCAGGAAGCAGUGCGGUACUCGGAGUAUCAGCUGAAUCCAAUAUUACUAAGGGUUUAUACGAAGGCAGGUCACGGAGCUGGAAAGCCAACCAAAAUGCGCAUUAGUGAGGCCACGGACAUUAUAACAUUUUUCAAAAAGACACUCAAUGUCGAUUGUAUUAAUCUAUGAAUGAUGAUAUGAAUCAAAAAUAAAAUUGCCAAUCAUUUUGAAA